AGGACAAGAUACUGAACCAAAUAGAUAAAUACCAACACUUAUUCAAGAUUUCCUGAGUGUCACAGAGCUUAAAAAAGAAGAUUAUACAUUGGCUUAAAGAGAAAUUAAACCUUCUUUCACGAGCAGACCAAACAAAAGAACAAGGAAACCAACUACGAUGCAUUGGGUAGUAGAGACGAGGGUCUGUGUAUAAGCAGACAUGGUAAUUGCUGCACCAAUCAAUCCAAUCAGAAAGCCGCUCCAGUUCUGAUCCAUUUGAUUAUCUGGGCUUUCUUCUGCUCCUCCUCCCUUUUGACAGUUUCCCUCUUCAGAAGAUCAAGAAACUUUCUCUCUUAGUUGUUACUGAAAUCUAGCAAUGAGAAUCCAGAACCAGAAGUAAUUUUUUUCAGCUUCUAGACCAGAUUUCAACGACCCACGAACCAAAAGUCAACGAUGGGAUUCCAGCCGCAAACCCAAAACUCCCGAAGUCCCAAAUGGUAUUGAUCUGAAUUCUGGAUCGUGGCACGGUGGCAGGUUUCAUCACCAUAAAGCUUAUGACUUUUUGGGUCCAAAAGACCUUUUGAGGUCUUCCCCUUUCAAAUUAUUACAUUUAUGUCCUCUUUAGGAGUUCCUUGUUUCCUUCUAUGAUCGAAGAGCCAAAGAAAGGUUCUAGCUUCUAGCUCCGCCGAACCCUUUGGGCGAUGAAGAACGCCAGCCCCAACUGAGAACAGAGUCCUCACAGAUGACAUUUACACAAUAGAUGAGAAAAACCCACAAAGUUUUCUUUCAUCAACUGUUCCAAAUCCCAUCCUAUUUGCAUCUAUGGUUGCCAAGGACCAAAUUUCUCCAUCUUCAGGUUUGUUCUCUCAUCUCUCACCAAUUGAGCUUUUCUACUGAAGCUGGGUUUUUUAGUUUAAAAGCUCCAUCUUCGAAUCUUAACCGUUCCAAACCAAAUCAAAGACUUGUGUUUGAGAAUAAACAUAAGCCUUCCUCCACGAAUUGUAAACUGGCCUGCGUCUUGGAGGAACCUACAUCAUCUCUUGGAGACGGACUAACCAAAACCCAGAUAGAUUCAACAGAUUUAUGUUCGACUGGUUGUUCUAGUAUUGGUAGCUCUGUUAUUUUGAGGUGUUCGUACCUUUGGGAGAAAAAGUUCGUGACAUCUGCUGAGACUUCUCUGCGAGGCAUUCUGCUCAAGUUAAUUGAUAUAUUUCCUGAAUCAACACGUCGAUUCCUGAGGCUGUCGCGGCUGAAACCCAGAGAUGUCCUUGAAAUUUUACAGGAUUUCGAAUCCCAGUGUUUGGAACCUGCAAUUGAAGCAAGAAAGGUGGAACUUUUGUGGGAAUUGUUCAAGUUGGCAGCGAACCAGAGUAAGGAAUUUAUACAUCUUCCCCAAUCCCACGAGAUCAUGGCCUCCAUGCUUGUCCAAGUCGGAUUGCUUAGAGAGACGGAAUUGUUGCUUCGAACAAUGGAAUCUCUAUUUUGCAAUUCUGAAAUCAUCAGCGCAAUGCUUGAAGCAUAUGCCAAGGCCUGGGAUUUAGAGAACUCAAUUUUGAUGUACAAUGAAAUGAGGUCUCGAGGUUUAAUACCGUCCUCAUCAAGUUAUCGGGUUCUACUCAAUAAUUUGGUUCAAAUAAACAAGGGUGACCUAGCAUUUCGAGUUUAUAUGGACAUGGUAGAGUCUGGGUUUGGACUGUGUAGUGUGGAAGAAACUACUUUUGAGCUUCUUGUUAGGUUACUUUGUAAGGAUGGAAAAAUUCAAGAAGCUCGAAAUCUUGUGAGGGAGGUUACUGCCCUGGGUGUGCAGCCUGGUCGGCUCGUUAUUAAUGAGAUUGCUAUAGGGUAUUGUGCAAAGAAGGACUUUGAGGACUUGUUGAGCUUCUUGAGUGAAAUAAAGUGCGUGCCAGAUGCUCCCAUCUGCAAUAAGAUUAUGUACUCUCUUUGUAGGAGGUUUGGUGCAGAAGAAGCAUACUUAUUCAUGGAGGACCUCAAUUAUUUAGGAUUCAGUCCAGAUGAAAUAACUUUUGGUAUCUUGAUUGGCUGGAGUUGCAGAGUAGGAAAGCUAAAAGAUGCCUUCUUUUAUCUAUCAGAUCUUUCUUCAAGAUGCCUAAUACCUGAUAUACAUACUUAUAACGCUAUUAUCAGUGGGUUAUUUAAGAAGAGUAUGUGGAACCAUGCUAGGGACAUUCUUGAUGAAAUGCUUGAGAAGGGGAUAACACCAAAUGCAACGACAUUUAGAGUUCUUUUAGCUGGAUAUUGCAAAGCUAGACUAUUUAACGAAGCAAAGGCGAUUAUUGGGGAGAUGGUGAGCCACAAGUUGAUUGAAUUAUCUCCAAUGGAGGAUACUCUUUCUAAGGCAUUUAUGAUCUUGGGGCUUAACCCAUUGUCUGCGAAAGUGAAGAGGGAUAACGACGUAGGACUUACAAAAACCGAGUUCUUUGAUGCCCUUGGAAAUGGACUUUAUUUAGAGACAGACAUUGACGAGUUUGAGAAGACUAUGAUGAAGAUUCUAGAAGAUUCUUUCAUUCCUGACUUUAACUCACUUGUAUUGAAGGAAUGUGGCCAUGGAAAUGUACGAUCUGCACUAAGGGUUAAAGAUGAGAUGGUUUGGUGGGGCCAGGAACUCUCAUCAUGUGCCUACAUGACAUUAGUUAAUCACCUCUCUGCAUCCCAUUCCCAUGUUAAGGUAGCUAUCAGGCUUUUGGAUGAAAUGCCAAAACAGGCUAGUCAUCUAGACCAAUCAACUCUCAAUUUGCUUAUCCAGGCAACUAGCAAGAAGGGAUUCACAUGUCACGGGAGAAGGCUUUUGGAUAGAAUGCUCCAAAGGAACCUACUUAUCCAGAAUGGGACAUACACAGCUCUAAUUGAAGGCUUAUGCAAAGAAGGAAACAUUAGAGAACUUCAUGAAUGCUGGGAACUUGCAUUGAUACACAAAUGGUUACCUACAUUUAAGGAUUGCAAGGCUCUUAUCGGUUACUUAUGCCAGCUUGGACAGAUUAGAAAAGCACUUGAGCUUCUUGAAAACACACUUGCAACCUACACUGACUCAACCGCUGAUGCUUGCAAUAUGUUUCUUGAAGAGCUUUCUGUGAAUGGUUAUACAAGCAUUGGACAUGUUUUGAUGGAAGAAGUUGUAAGGCAGGGCUGGAUCUUGGAUCAGGCAGCUUAUAACCACCUUAUAAGGGGGUUCUGUAAGGAGAAAAGUUUUAUUGAAGCCUUUGGGGUACUUGAUGCCAGGCUCAAAAUGAACAUGGUCCCCUGUGUGGAUGUCUGUACUCUGUUAAUUCCUCAACUGAUUAGGUUUCACAGAAUGAAGAAAGUGAUGGCUCUGAAGGAGAUGAUAUUCAAUGAGGAAACAACAGCGUGUCUUUCUGUCUACAAUGCUAUAGUCAAAGGUCUCUGUAAGAUGGGGAAAGUUGGGGAGGCAACCCUCCAAUUCGAAGAAAUGUUAGCAAAAGGCAUACAACCAGACCCGGAAACUUAUAAUCUGAUGGUUCAAGGGUAUUGUGGCAUUAACAACUUGAGAGGAGCACUGGAGUUUAUAGCUAGCAUGACAAGAAUGAAUUUUAGCCUCUCGAUCUCAAGUUACCGUAAUCUGGUGUGCUGCAUAUGCAUGGAGGGUAGGGUGCUCUACGCAUUGAGGAUGAAAGAGCUUAUGCUAAGAGUAGCCAGUUGUCCUAUCCUUGUAGUCUAUAACAUUCUGAUACACUGUCUUUUCCAUUCUGGAAAUAGUACAGUUGUGACAACAAUUUUACAUGAAAUGCAUGAGAAGGGCUUGCUUCUUGAUGAAGUAUCUUAUAACUUUCUUGUACAUGGCUACUUGAAGUGUAAGGAUGUCUCAAGAUCAGAGAAGGCUCUGAAGUCUAUGAUUGACAAGGAUCUAAGACCAAAUAAUCGCAGCUUUGGAAGUAUAAUCAGAUACCUUUGUAAUGAAGGGGAGCUUGAUAAAGCAAUGGAGAUGAGUACUGUGAUGGAGUUAAGGAGCUGGGUGCACAGUUCAGUUGUCCAAAAUGCAAUUGCAGUGGGACUUCUUACUCGUGGUAGACUUCAAGAAGCAGAAGAUUUUUUGGAUAGGAUGAAGCAUAAAGGCCUGAUCCCCAACAGCAUCUGCUAUGAUUUGCUGAUUAAAGGAUUUUGUUACCAUGGAAGACUGAACAGGGCAGUUGAUCUAAUGAAUAUAAUGCUGAUGAAAGGAAACAUUCCAAGCCCUUCCAGUUACGAUUUUGUCAUACAGAGUCUUUGUGCAUGCAAUGCUUUCGACCAAGCUCUUGAUUUCCAUGCUGAGAUGUUGGAUAGGAAACAUGAACCUAGCGUAAAUACAUGGGAUGCUCUUGUCAGUGGACUUUGUAAAGAUGGUCGAACAGUCCAAGCCAAAAUGCUAUUGGAUUCCAUGCUUCAGUUUGGUCAAAGUCCAACCCAGACAAUGUACCAGUCUGUGAUUAAAUGUUGUUUGGAAAACCAUCCCACCAAGGCAUCAGAACUUUUACAUAAGAUGCAACAAAAUGGAUAUGUUCCAGAUUUCGAGAUUCACUGGUCCCUCAUAAGCAAUCUAAGAAAUUCCAUUGACAAUGAUGGUAGUGAAAAGGGCGGUUUUCUGUCAAAGCUUCUUUCGCGGAGUGGCUUUACUGGGAAGAAAGAUCCAAAGGCUAUAAGGGGUUAGUGAAAUGCCAGCACUGAAAAAUGUAGAGUUGAUGCCAAACGAGAAAUGCUUAAUUUCCAACUGGAGCUUGGCUAGCAACAUAAACAGGAAUGAAGAAAUACCUAUUAGUUGUUUUUCUGUUUCUCAAAACAAAAAGUGACGGGAGAAAAAUCGUGAAAUCCCUCCCAAGUCCCGACUCCCGACGCCCUACCCUCUCUAUCUCUUUGUAGCUCUCCACAAGCUGCAACUCUCUCGCGAAGCUCGACGACCGUCUCUGCUCUCUCGCGAAGCUCGACGUUCUCUACUCUAUUGCGAAGUUCAACGUUCUCUGCUCUCUUGCGAAGCUCGAAGUUCUCUUCUCUCGCAAAGCUCGGCGUCUCUCUGUCUCGUCAAGGAACGGUCUCACUGCAACUCUCCUUGCAGCAACAAGUUCGAUCGUCAAGCUCAGAAAUGGGAGAAACCGUUUCUGCUGUUUCUACACACAGAAACGAUUGAAACAAAAUCAAACGGCCUCUUAGUUAUUCAGAAUUUUCUUUCAAUUCUCCUUGUGUUACAGAGUGGACAUUUAUAAUUGCUGACAAUUGUUAUAAGGAAUCCUCAUAACUUAUAACUUGAAUAGUAGUUAUUUUACUGGAGAAGUAAGCAUUCCUUAUUGAGCUGAACUAGUUUCAUUAGACUUCCAAUAUUACCUGAUUUUCCUUUUCUUGUUUGUCCUGCUUCUGGUUUCUGCAUUCAUAUAUGCUUCAAACAUAGUAAGCCAUUGUUUCACAUUUUAGCAUUUACAGACUCGUGACAUUUAGCACAAACUAGAAGCCUAAUUUAGAUAUAAUCCGACCCAAAUCACCAUUUAUGUAGUUUUUAACUGCCUUUUUCUCAUGCUCUCUCACUUAUAAUAAUGAAGGAGUGUUGGCAGGUAUGUCUGCAGUUUGCAGAAGAACUCUCUCUCUCUCUCUCUCUCUGCAUUGUAGUCUGUCUUUCUACAUAUAUGCAUGUAUAUCUCUUAUAUAUAUAUAUACUCUUAUAUAUAUAUAUAUAUAU